GUUGCUGAUUGGACCAAGCAGAUCACAUUAGGUCAUAUACUGCUAUCUGAAAAGAACAUACAUACACAAGCAACGGAACACUUAAAAUAUAUUUAUAAUUAUGAAAUCCCGAAAAACUUGCAAAAUCUUAACAUCAACUAAGUAACCAAAUUAUGGCCUGUCAGACUGGCACUUGAAUUUUGAUCCAAACGGCAAGAAGUGCUACGGGUGAUGAUGUUAUUUGCCCAUCAUUAAACAAUGGAACUGGCGGAGGCUUAGAAGAAGGAAGGCAAGGAAGUAAUUAUGUUGACAAGGACUGGAAUUAAUGUGUUCCAAAGCAAAGAUGUAAUUAAGAGAUUUAUAUUCAGUAUAGCUUUUGUAUUUGUUCUGUGCUGUAUAUUGCAUCCUAGUCGUUUUGCAUCGUCAUAUUAUCCUUACAUAAAAUACUCUGAUAUAGAAAAUGAGCUCGAACCAUCACCACAUGCCUUAGCAUUGGUGAAAGAAAGUGAUAAACCUUUGUGUUCACUUAUUCCCAAAGAAUUAGAGACAUCAUUACAGUACCCUAAUGAAUCUGUAAGGGAGUAUGAUCUCAAGUAUCUAGCUCACAUGCAUAACAUUGCAGAAGGUGGAGCAUGGGAGCCGCCACAAUGUAUAUCUCAACAUCAAGUCGCAAUUGUUAUCCCCUAUCGGAACCGUACUCUGCAGUUACAGAUAUUUCUGUCUUACAUACAUCCAUUCCUCCAGAAACAAAUGUUAAAUUACCGUAUUUUCAUUAUUGAACAGGGGACAAAAGGGGCUUUUAAUCGUGCCAAACUUCUCAAUGUGGGUUAUGCUGAAGCUUUGAAAAUAUUUCCGUAUCACUGUUUCAUUUUUCAUGAUGUAGAUUUAAUUCCUCAGAAAUUGAGUAAUAUGUAUGCCUGCACUCAUCAGCCCCGCCAUAUGUCUUCCAGCUUAAACACAUUUCGUUACAAUUUGCCUUAUGAACAGUUAUUUGGUGGGGCAGUUGCCAUACUUCAGAAGCAGUUUGAACUGGUAAAUGGUUUUUCAAACUUUUUUUAUGGCUGGGGAGGAGAAGAUGAUGACUUUCAAAGCCGAAUAAUAAAUAGAGGCAUGACACUGUGUCGUUUUCCACCAGAUGUUGCGAGAUACACGAUGUUGUCACAUGCGAAAGAACUGCCAAGUGACAAUCGGUUUCUGAAUCUCAGACUGGGGAGAGAGAGGUUUGAAACUGAUGGAGUGAACACACUGAAGUAUACCGUCAUCAAACUGGUUUAUUAUCCUUUAUAUACCUGGGUGUUAGUUGAUUUAUAAACAAAGCUGUCUCAGCUUCUGUCACUUUUGAUGACUGAAGCAAGUAAUUGAACAACUUUAGAGAAAGUUUCAGUGAUCACUCAUCUUGAAAUCUUAUAUAUGUAGGGCUAUUAAAAUGUGAACUUAAUUUAUUAUCACCCCGUCCACAGUUGUGCAAUUACAGCUUCAGUUUAUUUUAUUCUCUUAAUGGACAGACCAUAUGUACGUGUUCAGUCUUGGUUUUCACUGCAUAAUAAACAUAUACAGGAUCAUACCAGGAAAUCUUUCCCAAUUCCACAACAGAUAAAUAUGAGGGUGCCUAUUGAAGCUCCUCCCAUUCGAAUCAGCAAUUGUGUUGUCUCGGAAAAUAUCACAAAGGUUUUUCUAUAAAUCUGUUAUUUUCUUUGCCCACUUCAGUAGCAUGUCAUGCUGACGUGUGCAAUAAAGCUGCAGACAAAUACUUUGUUCAUUAUAAAACAACACUUUACAGUACAUUAUUUUAGCUUUGUGUCUGUCACAUGCUGGACACAAUCUUAUUGAUACUUGUUGUUGCAAAAGGUUCUGCCACCAUUUAAUAAGUUUUCGAUUAAAAUUAAAAUUGCUGUCUUCCUAAAAUAGUGUAAUUUCAUUUAAAAUUUAAGUACCUAUAAAAUAUUGGCUGAUAACACCAGCUAUUAGUGUUUUAAAUGCGACAUGCAAAGAGCUAACAUACGAUCACAGUCACAAGUAGCUUUGACGAUCUGAAUUGUACAUAUGUUAGUCCUUAUAUUGGUUGUGCAGUUAUGUGACUUGUACAGCUUUUAAUGUUGUUAAUUUGUUAUAGUAUUUAAAAGUUGUAUAUAGUUAUGGUGUUUAUAAGUGUAUGGCAGUUAUCAGUGAGAUAAAAUUUAUAUUUCUUGCCUGUUUCUGCUAGUCAGUAUCUGGUAUUAUGUAUGGUGUCACUUCAUAUCACUGCUCCAAACAAAUUAAUUUUUUAGUGAUAAACAGAUGCGAUUUUCUUUCAGCAGACUGCUGGCUGGAGAGCCGGGCGACAUGGCUAUUUUAAGACAGAUGUUGAAUUAAUAUCAAAUAGAUAUAAUUUUGUAACCUAUCAUAUGUGUACAUAAUGAUCUGAAUUAUUUCAUAGCGUGUAUUAAUAGAGAAUCUUUUUUCAUCAUAUGAAGAUAUUUUCUGUAACAAGACUGAAAGAAAAAUGAAGUUGACAGGUAUUGUUAGUAAAUAUAUUAUAAAUAACAAGUACACCAUUAGGUCACAUUAUGUGUCUGCCUCAAAAUGUUUUGGCCUUUUGUCCCAUUUUGGUUAGCAUUACGUGAUCCAUAAUAAAAUCAACUGUGUAACCAUGAUUUGGUGAUGUAGUUCAGUGAGUUGCAAGUUCACAGUAAAACAUGUGACAGUUUGAAUAUUUUGUAUCAAAUUCCAAGACAUUUCGCUCGGUUUCACGAUCUGUGCACGUGAGAUUUAAUGUUUCCACAGUGAUGAUGAUGGGUUUUGUUGCUGUGUGGACUGGUUAGUACGUGCCAAUGUUUCAGUGAAACUUACUAUCUUCAUCUUCAGUAUUAAUUUUGUUCUAACAUAAGUCUUCCUCUGCUCAUAACCUCAGUAUUAGACAGUGUCAACAAAUAAGAUAAGAUAGUAUCUGGGUGCUUCCACGGAAAUCCCCGGACAUCAUGUUUCGUCUGCGAGAGCGAUCAAGCAGAUUUUCACUGUAACAUUGAUCAGCCCCACACUGGGAGUCAUGAUGGCUUAUUCAUUGGUCUGACUGGCUCUGGACAUCUCGUGUCAGAAUGGCUCUUGGGCCUAACUAGCCGCCUCGGUCACAGGGUUAGUCUGACCACACUCCACCGUCCCGAAUAUGUGCAGAAUUAUCAUAUGCCAGGAUGAUACAUUCGCUAAGCAGUCUGCAAGGUUUUUAAUAGCAAAUGACUGAAUUUGUGUUGUUAAGCAUUAAUACAUCUCUGUUGGUUAGAAAGUCAAGAGGAAUCCCAUGGGAAACACUUCCCAGAAGACAGAUGUGUCUUAACUUUUACACAUAAUUCUGCAUAGUAAAAGGAAAAAGUGAUGUCUAGACUUUAAUUUAUGAAUAUGUUUCACAGUUCUAAAAACUGUUUUCACAAGCCUGCCUCUGAACUUUUAUAUCCUUAAUCUCACUGUAUCAUUGUCUCUUUACACAUUUAUACGUUGAACAAAAUAACAAAUGUUCAUUUUGAAAUUAUCUCAUCAUUGAAACUCGUAUACAUACAAGGUGACUGACUGUCUUCUGACUGGUAGAAAUUAACUGCCAUUGUAGAGGUGCCUACUACCUCCAUCAUCUCAGCAAUCAGUAAUCUAUGCCUGAGAAAUUUGGGUCAGAUGCAGGAGCAGUGAGGACACACAGCAAGAAAGCUGAUAGGUGGAGGGGACCAGAGAGCCUUGGGGAGGGGGGGGGGGAAGCUAGAACUGUGGAAGUAGAGAAGAAACAGAAUUAGUAGAAUGAGGAGGACACGAAAGAGCUAACAGCCACAACUUAAAAUGAUGAUACUGUCACAGCCUGAAACUCAAAGUCAUAGCUUACGUUAAUGAAUGUAAUACAAGUUGAAUUUCAGUUUUUUCUGUGAACUUAAUAUGUGAUCAUAUUCCCGCUAACUGAUUAUCUUGACAACGGUUAGGUGCCACGAUAUGUCGGAGAAAAUCAGAUGUGUCAGAACUUCAUAAAAAUUUGGUCUGAAUCGAUAUGUUAUUUUAAAUACUUUUGUGCAUGUAUUAGGAGACUGUGAGUGCUGUGUGCAAGGAAUAAAUAAAUUAUAUUGUGAACUAUUGUAGAGAUCUGUAUUAAUAUUUAUCAUUCUCACCACGAAAUACUCGAUAAUGAAGUUGAAAGAGAAGUUUCAGUGACAUUGAAAUGUAUGCUGCUAGAUCUUGAAAUCUUAAAUUAUCUUCCAAACCCUUGUGGACUUAUGUCACUGGGGUAACAGUGCCAAAUUUCUUACAAUCUGCAGCUGGCAUUAGCAUUAAGAUUUGGUACUUUUAAUGAUUCUGAGGUUGUUAAUAUGUUAAGGCAGGUACAUGAAAUGUUCUUUAGAAACAUGUUUUGAUACUACUUGUACUUAAUACUGAAUAAACAUCUUUACAACAUGUUGAUACACUGUAA